AUGUCCACUAUUCACGCUAAUCCGUCAGUCGAAACAGUUAAAGGUUGGAGUGUAGAGCAAGUUAAAAAUUUUUUAAAUUCCAAGAUGGAUGAAUUUUCUCUUAACUACAAUGAAAUUGCGAAAGUCGAAGAGAAUAGUAUCAAUGGUAGAGCGUUUCUCAGUAGCGACCUUCAAGCCGAAGAAAAGGAGAUGGGAAGUAAAUGGUGCCAUCCAACCAAGUCAAAUUCACGAUGUAUACUUC